AUGGAGACAGCGGGAAAGGCCGAGCUGGCGAUCAUCGUAGAGACAGUCCAGCAUCAUGAGUACUGUCUCUCCAGACUCGGCAGCACCAUGGACAGUGUGCUGGCAACCAUCUUGCGGUUGGAGGGGAAAGUGCAGUCCCUCCAGUCUCCAGCACUGGUUCAGGCACCAGCCCCCACACCACCAAUACCUGCCUCCGUUCCAUCUGAGCCGGUCCCGCGGAAUACCCCUGUCCCUCCCGGAGCGCUUUGACGGCGCGCCAGCGAGAUGCAAGGGAUUCCUUCUGCAAUGCGACCUGUACCUCGCUCGCUACGCCGAGGAUGUCUCCGGGAGAGACAGGGUUGCCACAGUCAUCUUGGCACUGACCGGACAGGCCCUGGACUGGGGUGCCGCGGUUUGGGAAACGGGCGGACCCGAGGCGAUCCGGUUGGAGAACCUCCUGCGGUCCAGAUGAAGAUCUACAUGGAAUCUGGAGCCCAUGGCUACACCUCCUCCAUGGCCAGAGCCGAUGGAGGUGUGCUCUGCACGUUUGCCCGAGGCAGAGCGUAGGAGGAGGAGGAAUCUGUGCCUCUGCUCCUAUGGUGGAGAAAGGGGUCAUUUUUCCCUGACCUGCCCUCUAUCCACUAAUAGGCGAGGAGGUGACAAGCCAGGGAAUUCCCCUGCUCCAACCCAGCAGAGGAGAGGCAGGAAGAGGAGACCCCCAUCAUCCCUCAGUUCCGUAUCAUCGCACCAGUGGUGUGGGACGUGGACGCCAACAUACGGCAGGCCCUGCAUACGGAACCCACACCUGCACAGUUCCCGGAGAACCGCGCCUACGUGCCCAAGGGUGUGCGGGACCGCCUCCUUUUCUGGGCGCACACGGAGCCUGUGUAGGGUCAUCCUGGGAUAGGCCGUACCAUCGCCUGCCUGACUGAGAAGUACUGGUGGCCCACCUUGGCUAGGGACGUCCGGGUUUAAGUCUCUUCCUGCUCCAUCUGUGCCCAGUCUAAGACACCCAGACACCUCCCUUAUGGAAAGCAACUUUCCCUGCCUGUUCCACAACGACCCUGGUCUCACUUCUCGGUGGACUUUGCCACUGGCUCUUUUUACGCACGUCUUCCAGCACUACGGGAUCCCGGAGGACAUUGUGUCAGACCAUGGCCCUCAGUUCACCUCACACAUAUGGAAAGCGUUCAUGGAACACCUGGGGUCAUGGUCAGUCUCACCUCCGGGUACCGUCCUCCAGCUAGUGGGCAGGUGGAGAGGGUCAAUCAGGAAGUGGGCAGGUUCCUGAGGUGUUACUGUCAGGACCGGCCGGAGAAGUGGGCGGAUUUUCUACCUUGGGCUGAGUAUGCACAGAAUUCCCUCCGCCACUCCUCCACUAACAUCACUCCUUUCCAGUGCGUGUUGGGGUAUCAGCCAGCCCUGGCACCUUGGCAUCCGAGCCAGACCAAGGCCCCUGCGGUGGACGAGUGGUUUCAGCACGCUGAGGAGAUCUGGAACGCUGCGUGUGUCAGCACAAGGAACAGGCCGACCGCCACCGCAGUGAGGAGCAUGUUUUCUCUUCAGGCGACCGGGUCUGGCUCUCCACCCAGAACCUACCCCUCCGCUUGCCCUGCCGGAAGCUGAGCCCGCGGUUUGUGGGGCCGUUUAAAGUCCUGUGGAGGGUUAAUGAGGUAACGUACCAUUUGCAACUCCACGCUAAUUACCGCAUUAACCCGACUUUUCAUGUUUCUCUCCUCAGGCCAGUGGUGCCUGGUCCUCCUCCUCUGGACAUCAAGGGAGGUCCGACGUACUUGGUCCGUGAAGUCCUGGAUUCGAGGCAUCAGGCGGGGCAUCUCCAGUACCUCAUCGACUGGGAAGGGUACGGCCCAGAGGAGCGGUGCUGGUUCCUGCGGUGGACAUCCUGGACGCUUCGCUGACCAGGGAUUUUCACUGUCGGCACCGUGACCGACCCGCACCGCGUCCUUGUGGUCGUCCCCGAGGCCGGUGUCGUCCCGCUGCUAGUGCAGCACAUCGGGGGGGGGGGGGGGGGGGGGGGGGGGUACUGCCACGGAUCACCCCGGUACUGCUGAGGAGUAAAUUAUACCCUUAAUACGUAUUCCUAUACCCUUAAUGCUUUUCCAACAGUCUUGAAGGACUUCCCACGUAUGCUGAGCACUUGUUGCCUGCUUUUCCUUCACUCUCUGGUCCAACUCAUCCCAAACCAUCUCAAUUUGGUUGAGGUCAGGGGAUUGUGGAGGCCAGGUCAUCUGAUGCAGCACUCCAUCACUCUCCUUCUUGAUAAAAUAGCCCUUACACAGCCUGGAGGUGUGUUGGGUCAUUGUCCUGUUGAAAUACAAAUGACAGUCCCACUAAGCCCAAACAAGAUGGGAUGGCGUAUUGCUGCAGAAUGCUGUGGUAGCCAUGCUGUUUAAGUGUGCCUUGAUUUCUAAAUAAAUCACUGACAGUGUCACCAGCAAAGCACCCCCACACCAUAACACCUCCUUGCAUGGUAAAUACACAUGCAGAGAUCAUUCGUUCACCCACACAGCGUCUCACAAAUACGCAGUUUGAACCAAAAAUCUCAAAUUUGGACUCCAAUCCGAAGGACAGAAUUCCACCGGUCUAGUGUCCAUUGCUUGUGUUUCUUGGCCCAAACAAGUCUCUUCUUCUUAUUGGUUUCCUUUAGUAGUGGUUUCUUUGCAGCAAUUCGACCAUGAAGGCCUGAUUCACACAGUCUCCUCUGAACAUUUGAUGUUGAGAUGUGUCUGUUACUUGAACUCUGUGAAGCAUUUAUUUGGGCUGCAAUUUCUGAGGCUGGUAACUCUAAUGAACUUAUCAUCUGCAGCAGAGGUAACUCUGGGUCUUCAUUCCUGUGGCGGUCCUCAUGAAAUCCAGUUUCAUCAUUUCGCAUACUAGUUUUUGCGACUGCACUUUUUGCGACUGGCGUUCAUAUCUUAAAGUAAUUAUGCACUGUCGUUUUGCUUUGCUUAUUUGAGCUGUUCUUGCCAUAAUAUGGACUUGGUCUUUUACCAAAUAGGCUUAUCUUCUGUGUACCCCCCUACCUUGUCACAACACAACUGAUUGGUUCAAAUGCAUUAAGAAGGAAAGAAAUUCCACAAAUUAACUUUUAAGAAGGCACACCUGUUAAUUGAAAUGCAUUCCAGGUGACUACCUCAUGAAGCUGGUUGAGAGAAUGCCAAGAGUGUGCAAAGCUGUCAUCAAGGCAAAGGGUGGAUAUUUGUAAAAUCUCAAAUAUAUUUUGAUUUGUUUAACACUUUUUUGGUUACUAUAUGAUUCCACAUGUGUUAUUUCAUAGUUUUGAUGUCUUCACUAUUAUUCUGCAAUGUAGAAAAUAGUAAAAAUAAAGAAAAACCCUUGAAUGAGUAGGUGUUCUAAAAAUGUUGACCGGUAGUGUAUGUUAGAUACUUUAAUAUGAUAUUAAUGUAUAUAUCUGGUCUUAUUAGUACCGUACCAGGAGUAUCCCCAUCAUGAAGGCCCCCCCACCCACGGUGGCAGCCUCCCUGAUGGAGAGCACCACCCGGAGGGUCUAUAUCUACGGUGUCCAGGACGACAACGGCACAGACAUCCAGAACUUCUCCCUGGACAUGACACCUCCACCCGACAUCCAGAUGCGCACGCUGCCCGGGACCAGCGAUGGCAUGAACGUCCUGGGGAUCGUCAUCUUCUCCGCCACCAUGGGUGAGUGACGUCAUCACUGACCUCUGACCUCUACCCCUAACCCCCCAGACACCCUGUGGUGUCAUUAUGGGUGAGGGACAGUUCCACUAACACAUGCACGCACACACGAAUGCAAGCACACAUACACACACACACACAGACACACAUAGACACACACAGACACACACACACACACACACAGACACUAUCACUAUCGUCCCUGCCCUUCAUCCAGUUAACCUUUACUUUACUCUUUAGUUCUCUCCUGUUGAUCAAUUCCCUAUAGUAAAAGCACAAACCAUUAGCAAAUCAAUCUGGCCCACGGUAUGGUGUCCAUGUUGUCUCAGUGUUGUUGUUGUUGUUGUUGGUCUCUCCAGGUAUCAUGCUGGGUAGAAUGGGGCCUAAUGGCAGCGCCUUGGUCAACUUCUGUCAGAGUCUGAACGAGGCUGUCCUGAAGAUUGUCGCCAUAGUGAUCUGGUAAGAGCUCUAUCUUACAGGGAGAGCAACCCUAAUCAAACCAGUAACUCUAACUCUGGUCAUGACCUCAAUGACCAGAGGGGUAUACUACGAAGCAGGAUCAAUAAGUUAGCCAGCUAACUUUGAUAAAUAGCCAGAAAUAGUUGUUGAUUUUCCGGUUCAUUAAGAAAGCUAAACUUAGUGAUGUGUUUUUGGUUGUUGAUUCAAUUACAGAAUGCCAUCUUAAAGAUUAUCUUUAAAUAUAUUUAUAUAUAAAAAUAAAAAAUAUAAAUAAAAUAUAUAUAUAUACACAUUACCAUUCAAAAGUUUGGGGUCACUUAGAAAUGUCCUUGUUUUCAAUGAAAACAUACAUGAAAUGAGUUUGAAUAGGAAAUUUGGCAAAAUGAAUAGGAAAUGUAGUCAUUGACAAGGUUAGAAAUAAUGAUUUUUAAUUGAAAUAAUAAUUGUGUCCUUCAAACUUUCCUUUCGUCAAAGAAUCCUCCAUUUGCAGCAAUUACAGUCUUGCAGACCUUUGGCAUUCUAGUUGUCAAUUUGUUGAGGUAAUCUGAAGAGAUUUCACCCCAUGCUUCCUGAAGCACCUCCCACAAGUUGGAUUGGCUUGAUGGGCACUUCUUACGUUCCAUAUGGUCAAGCUGCUCCCACAACAGCUCAAUAGGGUUGAGAUCCGGUGACUGCUGGCCACUCCAUUAUAGACAGAAUACCAGCUGACAGCUGGCUACGGAGAGCGUGAUCACAUAGUCAUCCGGAACAGCUGGUGCUCUCAUGCAUGCUUCAGUGUUGCUUGCAUCAAAGCGAGCAUAGAAUGGUUUAGCUCGUCUGGUAGGCUUGUGUCACUGGGCAGCUCGCGGCUGUGCUUCCCUUUGUAGUCUGUAUUAGUUUUCAAGCCCUGCCACAUCCAACGAGCAUCAGAGCCGGUGUAGUACGAUUCAAUCUUAGUCCUGUAUUGACUCUUUGCCUGUUUGAUGGUUCGUCGGAGGGCAUAGCGGGAUUUCUUAUAAGCGUCCGGGUUAGAGUCCCGCUCCUUGAAAGCGGCAGCUCUACCCUUUAGCUCAGUGCGGAUGUUGCCUGUAAUCCAUGGCUUCCGGUUGGGGUAUGUACGUACGGUGAUAUGAGAUUUUUAUAGUGUUAUGAUGUCAUGUCAUAGUAUCGUGGGGACCAGGUUAGAGUUAGUAGAUAAUUGGCUUGGUGCCACGGAGUCUACAUUCCGUUAUGUCAAAGGAGAUUACUGAUGUUUAGGAUAGCAUGAUUGAUGGACAGGAUAUACUGACUUGGGGUAAAGAGUAAUAACAUCAAAGAAUGGGAGUGCUCAUUGACGAUGGCCAGAUGUGGUUAAAGAAAUGUGUAACCAAGUGUAUAAAAUCUGUGAGAUUUGUGUGUGUGGGCAGUUCAACUGACAAGGUGGCAAGGCUAUGUCCAUUUGUUAAAUGAACCCACAGGCUCAUGAUCAAAUAAAUACUUGGUAAAAUCUCCACAGAAUGUCUAAGUAAAUUCUUGCAUCUUGAACUUCUCAAUACCAGAAACUCAUCAUAACAUACGGUCACUGUGGGGACGACGUCAUCGAUGCACUAAUUGAUGAAGCCAGUGACUGAUGUGGUGUACUCCUCAAUGCUAUCUGAAGAAUCCCGGAACAUGUUCCAGUCUGUGCUAGCAAAACAGUCCUGUAGCUUAGCAUCUGCAUCAUCUGACCACUUUUUUAUUAACCGAGUCACUGGUGCUUCCUGCUUUAGUUUUUGCUUAUAAGCAGGAAUCAGGAGGAUAGAGUUAUGGUCAGAUUUGGCAAAUGGAGGGCGAGGGAGAGCUUUGUAUGCAUUUCUGUCUGUGGAGUAAAGGUGGUCUAGAGUUUUUUUUCCACUGGUUGCACAUUUAACAUGCUGGUAGAAAUUAGGUAGAACGGAUUUAAGUUUCCCUGCAUUAAUGUCCCUGGCCACUAGGAGUGCUGCCUCUGGAUGAGCAUUUUCCUGUUUACUUAUGGCCUUAUACAGCUCAUUGAGUGCAAUCUUAAUGCCAGCAUUGGUUUGUGGUGGUAAAUAGACAGCUAUGAAAAAUAUAGAUGAAAACUCUCUUGGUAAAUAGUGUGGUCUACAGCUUAUCAUGAGAUACUCUACCUUAGGCGAGCAAAAAACCUCGAGACUUCCUUAGUAUUUGAUUUUGUGCACCAGCUGUUGUUUACAAAUAUACACAGACCGCCACCCCUUGUCGUACCGGAGUCAGCCGUUCUAUCCUGCCGAUGUAGCGUAUAUCCCGUCAGCUGUAUGUUGUCCAUGUCGUCGUUCAGCCACGACUCUGUGAAACAUAAGAUAUUACAGUUUUUAAUGUCCCGUUGGUAGGAUAACCGUAAUCUUAGGUCAUCUAAUUUAUUUUCAAAUGAUUGAACAUUGGCUAAUAGGAUUGAUGGAAGAGGCAGUUUCUCGCUCGCCGUUGAAUCCUUACAAGGCACCCCAACCUAUGUCCACGAUAUCUCCGUCUCUUUCUCUUGCGAAUGACAGGGAUUUGGGCCUUGUCGGGUGUCUGUAGGAUAUCCUUCGCGUCCGACUCGUUGAAGAAAAAAUCUUCGUCCAAUACGAGGUGAGUAAUCACUGUCUGAUAUCUAGAAGCUCUUUUUGGUUAUAAGAGACGAUGGCAGAAACAUUAUGUACAGAAUAAAUUACAAAAAACUCGAAAAAACACUCAUAAUAGUACAAUUGGUUAGAGGGCUGUAAAACACACCUCCAGGCUGCGCAAGGGCUAUUUUACAAAGAAGGAGAGUGAUGGAGUGCUGCAUCAGAUGACCUAGCCUCCACAAUCCCCCAACCUCAACCCAAUUGAGAUGGUUUGGGAUGAGUCGGAUGGCAGAGUGAAGGAAAAGCAGCCAACAAGUGCUAAGGAUAUGUGGUAAGUCCUUCAAGACUGUUGGAAAAGCAUUCCAGGUGAAGCUGGUUGAGAGAAUGCCAAGAGUUUGCAAAGCUGUAAUCAAUUAUUUGUUUAACACCUUUUUGCUUACUUUCUUGAUUCCAUAUGUGUUAUUUCAUAGUUUUGAUGUCUUCACUAUUAUUCUCCAAUGUGAAAAAUAGUAAAAAUAAAAAAUAAACCUUGAAUGAGUAGGUAUGUCCAGAACAAGUAUUUGAUACACUGCCGAUUUUGCAGGUUUUCCUACUUACAAAGCAUGUAGAGGUCUGUAAUUUUUAUCAUAGGUACACUUCAAAUGUGAAAAUCCAGAAAUCCAGAAAAUCACAUUGUAUGAUUUUAAAGUAAUUAAUUUGCAUUUUAUUGCAUUACAUAAGUAUUUGAUCACCUACCAACCAGUAAGAAUUCCGGCUCUCACAGACCUGUUAGUUUUUCUUUAAGAAGCCCUCCUGUUCUCCACUCAUUACCUGUAUUAACUGCACCUGUUUGAAUUCGUUACCUGUAUAAAAGACACCUGUCCACACACUAAAUCAAACAGACUCCAACCUCUCCACAAUGGCCAAGACCAGAGAGCUGUGUAAGGACAUCAGGGAUAAAAUUGUACACCUGCACAAGGCUGGGAUGGGCUACAGGACAAUAGGCAAGCAGCUUGGUGAGAAGGCAACAACUGUUGGCGCAAUUAUUCGAAAAUGGAAGAAGAUGACGGUCAAUCACCCUCGGUCUGGGGCUCCAUGCAAGAUCUCACCUCGUGGGGCAUCAAUGAUCAUGAGGAAGGUGAGGGAUCAGCCCAGAACUAUACGGCAGGACCUGGUCAAUGACCUGAAGAGAGCUGGGACCACAGUCUCAAAGAAAACCAUUAAAACCACCCCCUGCUCAAGCCAGCGCAUGUCCAGGCCCGUCUGAAGUUUGCCAAUGACCAUCUGGUUGAUCCAGAGGAGGAAUGGGAGAAGGUCAUGUGGUCUGAUGAGACAAAAAUAGAGCUUUUUGGUCUAAACUCCACUCGCCGUGUUUGGUGGAAGAAGAAGGAUGAGUACAACCCCAAGAACACCAUCCCAACCGUGAAGCAUGGAGGUGGAAACAUCAUUCUUUGGGGAUGCUUUUCUGCAAAGGGGACAGGACGACUGCACUGUAUUGAGGGGAGGAUGGAUGGGGCCAUGUAUCGCGAGAUCUUGGCCAACAACCUCCUUCCCUCAGUAAGAGCAUUGAAGAUGGGUUGUGACUGGUUCUUCCAGCAUGACAACGACCCGAAACACACAGCCAGGGCAAGUAAGGAGUGGCUCCGUAAGAAACAUCUCAAGGUCCUGGAGUGGCCUAGCCAGUCUCCAGACCUGAACCCAAUAGAAAAUCUUUGGAGGGAGCUGAAAGUCCGUAUUGCCCAGCGACAGCCAUGAAACCUGAAGGAUCUGGAGAAGGUCUGUAUGGAGGAGUGGGCCAAAAUCCCUGCUGCAGUGUGUGCAAACCUGGUCAAGACCUACAGGAAACGUAUGAUCUCUGUAAUUGCAAACAAAGGUUUCUGUACCAAAUAUUAAGUUCUGCUUUUCUGAUGUAUCAAAUACUUAUGUCAUGCAAUAAAAUGCAAAUUAAUUACUUAAAAAUCAUACAAUGUGAUUUUCUGGAUUUUUGUUUUAGAUUCCGUCUCUCACAGUUGAAGUGUACCUAUGAUAAAAAUGACAGACCUCUACAUGCUUUGUAAGUAGGAAAACCUGCAAAAUCGGCAGUGUGUCAAAUACUUGUUCUCCCCACUGUAUAUAUACAGUACCAGUCAAAAGUUUGGACACACCUACUCAUUCAAGGAUUUUUCUUUAUUUUUACUAUAUAUAUAUAUAUUUCUGAAUAUUUAGGCUAGUUAGCUGGCUAACUCCUUGAUCCUGCUUUGUAGUACAUAUUUACCCCUCAGGGCCGGCUCCAGGUAUAAGAAACAUAAGCGGUCGCUUAGGCCCCCAGGCUGCCCAGGGGCCCUGACCUCCAGCGGGGCCCCAUUGAUUUUGUUUGUCACUCUCACAUCAUUAACAUGGUAUAAGUAAUGGGAAAAUGUGUAAAAAAAAAUAUCUUCACCCAUGGCAAAAUGGGUAGAAUUGCAGGAAUUUAGCUGUAAAACUGUACAUUUUUUCUCUCUGCCCCAUGGCGAAAUUAGUAGAAUUGUAUGACAUUUUUUAUUAAAUUGCACAAUUUUCUCUCCGCCACAUUGCAAAAUGUGUAGAACUGCAGAAACCUUGCUUUAAAAGUGCCACAUUUUCUGUACACCCCAAAUGUGUAGAAUUGCAGGAAAGUAACUUAAAAACCAAAAUGUUUCUCUCCACCGUCAAGAGCAGGGCCAACCAAAUCUCGCUUAGGGCCCCCAAAAGGCCGGCUCUGUCAAUGACCUAAGCUAGUCCAAAAACUAGCCUGUUUGGGUUAAAAAAAUUACCUACAAGGAGAAUCAAUGUAAACAACUCUUAACAUCCUGGUCUACCGCAGGUACUUCCCUUUCGGCAUUGUGUUCCUGGUGGCUGGUAAGAUCCUGGAGAUGGACGACCCGUCGGCCAUGGGGAAGAAGCUGGGGUUCUACGCUAUCACCGUGGUGAUGGGGCUGGUGCUACACGGUCUCUUCAUCCUACCGGCCAUGUACUUCUUCAUCACCAAGAAAAGUCCCAUCGUCUACAUCAGGGGCAUCCUGCAGGCCCUGCUCAUCUCCCUGGCAACCUCCUCCAGGUAAACAACAACAACCCUAACAAUGACCCUAACCCAAACCCUAGCUUCAUGUCCACACACUGGCUCAACCCUAACCCUAACCCGAGCCACAACCCUAGCCAUAACACUAACCUUAGUCAUAACCCUAGCCAUAACCCUAUAACCCUAACCCUAGCUCCAGCCACAACCCUAGCCAUAACACUAACCUUAGUCAUAACCCUAGCCAUAACCCUAUAACCCUAACCCUAGCUCCAGGCACAACCCCUACUCUAACCUAAUAAAUAGUGUGGUCACAUCUUUUCUAAACAUCAUCUCAUCGCAUCUGUUGGUAUGGAACCCUUGAGGCCCCUAUAUGGCCUCUAGUCAUGGAGACAUCAGCUUGGGUGACCUUUGAAAAAGGCAAUAAUUGAUAGUGCCUAUUGAAAGUCUACACGCUCCUGCACCAUCUUCACAUUUUGCUACCUUAAAAUGUAAUCUAAAAAGGGAUACAAUUUGAUAUUUUCCCUACAGAUGUACACAACCUACUCAAAGUGAAAGAAAAUUAUAGAAAAUGUUUCUAAUGAUAAAACAUUGAAAAACAAUGAUGUCUUGAUUGCGUAUGUCUUCACACCCCAGAGUGAAUACUUGGUGGAAGCACCUUUGACAGCCUUUACAGCUGUGAAUCAUUUUGAAUAAGAUUCUACCAACUUUCACAAUUCCUAGGGCAACAUACAGUAUAUCCAUUGAUUUUGUCAAAAUUGCUCAAGUUCAGUAACUUUGGCUGGGAAUCAUUGAUCGACAGCAAUAUUCAAACCUUGUCUCUGAUUUUCAAGCAAAGUCAGGACUGAGACUGGACCACUAAGGAACACUCAACACCUCUUGGAAAGCAAUUCUGGUGUGUCUUUGGCAUUAAAAUUUAUUGAAAAAAUAAAAAUACAAAAAUAUCCCAGGGUUAGGUUUUAGAAGACUAUGGCGGGUUUUCCUCAAACUUUUUACAUGGGCUUUGCUCUUUUCAUAUUUAUUUUGAUCCUGACAGACUCCCCAGUCUCUGCCGGUGACAACCAUAACCAUAACAUGAUGCUGCCGCCACAAUACUUGAAAAUACAGAGGGUUUCACUCAGUGUUGAAUUGGAUUUGACCCAAACCAUAUUUAGUUUUUAAUUUAGGACAAAAAGUUAAUUCCUUUGCCGUGUUGUCUUGCAGUAUUACUUAACGGUCUUAUUGCAAACAGAAUGGAUGAUUUGCAGUGGAUUUUUUUUUAAACACAGGCUUCCUUCUUUUCACUUUGUCAUACAGGCCAGUAAUGUGGAGUGAAUGCAAUGUUGUUGAUCCUCUGUAUCAUUCGCCGCCAUCACCUCAUGUUUCAGCAUGAUAAUGCACGGCCCCAUGUCGCAAGGAUCUGUACACAAUUCCUGGAAGCUGAAAAUGUCCCAGUUCUUCCAUAGCCUGCAUACUUACCAGACAUGUCACCCAUUGAGUAUGUGUGGGAUGCUCUGGAUCGACGGGUACGCCAGCGUGUUCCAGUUCCUGCCAAUAUCCAUCAACUUUACACAGCCAUUGAAGAGGAGUGGGACAACAUUCCACAGGCCACAAUCAACAGGGAGAUCAACUCUAUGUGAAGGAGAUGUGUCGCACUGCAUGAGGCAAAUGGUGGUCACACCAGAUACUGACUGGUUUUCUGAAUACACGGCCGUACUUCUUUUUUUUUUUUUAAGGUAUCUGUGACCAACAGAUGCACAUCUGUAUCCCUAGUCAUGUGAAAUCCAUAGAUUAGGGCCCAAUUUAUUUAUUUCAAUUGACUGAUUUCAUUAUAUGAAUUGUAACUCAGUAAAAUCUUUGAAAUUGUUGCAUGUUGCGUUUAUAUUUUUGUUCAGUAUAUUUAAUACCAGUUUAUUAUUAAUCACCCAUUCUGAUACUGACUGUAACUCCUUAUUUAGAAUUUCAGUGAGCUCACUGGCUUUGGGUGCUGACAUAUAGAGUGUGGAUAAGUAUUCACACCCGGGUCAAUACAUGUUAGAAUCACCUUUGGCAGCGAUUACAGCUCUGAAUUUCUGGGUAAGUCUCUAAGAGCUUUGCACACCUGGAUUGUACAAUAUUUGCACAUUAUUAUUUUUAAAUUCUUCAUGCUCUGUCAGGUUGGUUGUUGAUAAUUGCUAGACAGCCAUUUUCAAGUCUUGCCAUAGAUUUUCAAGCCGAUUUAAGUCAAAGCUGUAACUAGACAACUCAGGAACAUUCAAUGUCAUCUUAGUAAACAACUCCAGUGUAUAUUUGGCCUUGUGUUUUAGGUUAUUGUCCUACUGAAAUGUGAAUUUGUCUCCCAGGGUCUGUUAGAAAUCCUCUAGGAUUGUGCCUGUGCUUAGCUCUAUUCCGUUUCUUUUUAUCCUAAAAAUCUGCAGCCACCACCAUGCUUGGAAAUAUGAAGAGUGGUACUCAGUGAUGUGUUGUGUUGGAUUUGCCCUAAACAUAAUGCUUUGUAUUUAGGACAUAAAGUUCAGUUCUUUGCCACAAGAUUCCUUCCUUUCACUCUGUCAUUUAGGUUAGUAUUGUGGAGUAACUACAAUGUUGUUGAUCCAUCCUCAGUUUUUUCCUACCACAGCCAUUAAACUCUGUAAAUGUUUUAAAGUCACCAUGGGCUCAUGAUGAAAUCCCUGAGCGGUUUCUUUCCUCUCCGGUGACUGAGUUAGGAAGGAUGCCUGUAUCUUUGUAGUGACUGGGUGUAUUGAUACACCAUCCAACGUGUAAUUAAUAACUUCACCAUGCUCUAAGGGAUAUUCAAUGUCUGUAUUUUUUUUUACCCAUCUACCAAUAGGUGCCCUUCUUUGCGAGGCAUUGAAAAAUCUCCCUGGUCUUUGUGGUUGAUUCUGUGUUUGAAAAUCACUGCUCGAUUGAGGGCCCUUACAAAUAAUUGUAUGUGUGGCAAUCGAACCGAUAGAACGAACGACCAGUCGGCUUGGGUAGCAACCCUAGAUUUGUGUUGGGACUAUAUCUUAUGGAAGGAUGAAAUAGUAUGAAUAAAUUCAUCAAAAUAAAGCUAAUGAAAAUCAUUAUUUGAAUGUGUUGGUAACCUCAACAUCGUCUCGGCCCUAACAACACCAGUGCCAAUAUAUCCUCCAAACACUGGCUUCUCAGGCAUUAUCACUUAGUUAGAGAAGCUUCCAUUGAAGAACACUCUCUGGUUUCUAUUGGAUAAAUAACUCCAACCAUGUGAUGGCAACUGAUGUAAAGCCAUGGCAAUUGAGUUUUUUCAAUAACAAUUUAUAAUCAAUAACAUCAAAGGCUGCACUGAAAUCUAACAAUACAGCUCAAACUAUCAUCUUAUUAUCCAUUUAUUGUAUCCAAUUAUCAGUAAUCUGAGUCAGGGCAGUACAAGUUGAGUGCCCUUCUCUAUAUGCAUGAUGAAAGUCAGUAGUUAAGUUGUUCUCUGAAAAAUAGCAUUUUAUUUGGUCAAACACAAUCCUCUCCAUAAGUUUACUAAGAACAGGCAGCAAACGGAUUGGGCGGCUGUUAGAGUCAGCAAAGGGUGCUUUACUUUUUUUAGGCAGUGGAAUUACUUUAACUUCCUCCCUGCCUGUGGACACACACACUUCUUUAGGCUUUGGUUAAAGACAUAGCAAAAAGGGGUGGCUACCAUUCUGAAUAGUUUCCCAUCAAGGUUGUCUAUACCUGGUGGCUUAUCAAUAUUGAUGGAUAACAAUAGUUUUACCACCUUUGUUAUAAAUGGCACAUCAACUUCAAUGAACGAUGGAGAUAAAUUGAGUUUUCUGCCCAUGAUAUAAUUUAACCUUUUACUGCAGUGGGCUAAAUCAGGGUCACACAGAGUGAUUCUUGGUAGUCUUAAACAAAUCUACUUUGAAACAAAUGUAUACACCUCACACACAUGGUUAUGGGCUUAAAAAAAGAAGACAACUGUACCAUGUCAGAUAUAGAGAUGAAAUGUGUUCAAUUUUGAGUUUGCAUCCCAAUAUUACACUUUAUAUACAUCACAGAAGACUGAAAUAUAACAAAACUGUCUGACAUAGAAACACAGUACUUUUGUCUGGUUGUUUUAAAUAAUAUUGAUUAAUUAAGAUAUUAUGAAAAAUAUUCAUAACAUUCCACCCAUGAGGCCAAAGAGGGCGCCUUUAAUCAUUGACUGCAGGAAAGGGCUACCGGGGUAUUACACCAAAGUAUUUUCCCAUUGUGUUUUAUGUCAUUUAUCUUUGUUUGGUAAUAUAAUUUAUUCUUAUUUUUGUUAAGUUUAGUCACAACUUUUCUCAAUUUACACUGUCAACCAAUCAGCUGAGCAGGCUGACUUAUUUGCCACCUCUUUCACUUAAUUUAUUUGAACCAUACUAUUUUUCAAUUCAUCAUCAAUCCAGUGGGCUCUAACAGUUCUCACAGUUAGUUUCUUAACAGGUGCAUGCUUGUCAACAAUUGGCAUGAAUCAUUUUACAAAUACUUCCAGUGCUGCAUCUGGAUUCACUUUCUCAUACGCGUCACACCGACAUACAUUUUUUACAUUCUCAGCACAAGAAUCCUGAAGAAAACAUUUUGUAUGAUCUCUUAUAAAUUACUUUAGGCCCAACCUUUGGCACUUUGGCUUUCCUUGUUAUUGCCACAAUGUUAUGGUCACUACAGCCACUACUUUGACACUGACAACUGAGAAUCUGAGAUCAAUAAAAAUGCCCUUGUCUUCAAUCCAUCAAUAGCCUAGACCUACAGUAGGUGUGUGGAGACACAGAUAUUGUGCACUAUGAGGAGGAAAUUAUAGUCCUAAAAAAGCUUUCCAAUUUCACUGACUCACCCAAUGAUGCUGAGUGGCGAUGGCCGAUUCGCUCGUGCCAAAAGCUUAUCUCUCUCUUGUUUUACUUGUUAAAACAAUGGUGUUCACUCAAUGGGCCUAUUUGGAAAUUGAUAACUUGGUAGCCUACAGACCGAUUAGUCUUCUCGUUUCAGCAGGAUCCAUUUGGUUUCCAACCUGUAUUUUCCCGCGAUUGUAUUUGAAAUAUUGCGAAAGCCUGUUUUGGCUGCAUGCUGUUUACUGACAGAUUUGCCGCGCGUUCCCGACUGUAGGCAUGCCUCAUGAUUGGGCUACACGCAAUCCACAGCUACAAAAUUAAAAAUAUAUAUUAUAGGCCACCCAUCACUAAAGUUGAUUUGAAUGGUAAUGCCUGUUCAACUUCACAAGACAAUAGAGUUGAGCGAGUUUAAUCCAAUAUUAAUACUAAUCUAAAACGUAAUCUGCUCCUCUGUCUCCUCAGCUCUGCCACACUGCCUAUCACCUUCAAGUGCCUCCUGGAGAACAACCACAUCGACCGACGCAUCAUCCGCUUCGUACUCCCCGUGGGUGCCACCAUCAACAUGGACGGGACGGCGCUCUAUGAGGCCGUGGCGGCCAUCUUCAUCGCCCAGGUCAACAACUAUGAGCUGGACUUUGGCCAGAUCAUCACCAUCAGGUAUGUAGCCUAUAGUCUUAGGCGGAGGGGAGCGUUAACAAAUUACUUGUGAGAGGGUUUUUAGUGUUUUAGGCUGGGAUUUAAUCAGAAACCUAGCUAUAGCGCGUACAUUUAAAGGGGCAAUCUAAAGUUGCUACAUCUAUUUUUGGACUUGUGAAUUAAUGAUAUGUACAUUUUAGUCAUUUUAGCAGACGCUCUUAUCCAGAGCGACUUACAGUUAGUGAGUGCAUACAUUUCCAUACUGGCCCCCCGUGGGAAUCGAACCCACAACCCUGGCGUUGCAAGCGCCAUGCUCUACCAAUUGAGCUACAGGAGGCCUAUAAACCCUAUGUACCCAUUGAUUCUUGAAAAAUAUAAUUUCAAAAUGCCUCAUGAGCUUACCCAAUCAGAACCCAAAAUAUAGGCUUGUUUUACUCCAAUGUUUGUAAACAAAGUAAAUGUAAACAAACACUAUAUAGCCACAAAACAUGGUUAAGGGCCAGAUUCAAUCAGAUCCGCUUCAGCCGACAUCCUGGGUUAGAGCUGUCAAAUCCACAAGUGGCUUCUGGCAUUAUACCUAAAGCGGACAUUUCUCUCAUUAAGAGAAAACCCAUGCAGCCUUGUUUAUAAGUGCGAACACUGGAUUGUGAAAAGUAAUCUACACCUCAAUAAGGCUUAUAGAAAUCCUCAUUAUUUCGUUUAAUGAUUCUCCAUUAUUUCUAUAUUGCCUACACUUUCUCGUUCUACACUUUAACACGAGUGGGACGGGUGUGGUUUCGUGACAAUGAUCACAAGAGCAGCUGUUCACCGAUUUGACAGCUCCAACACAGUUUCACCUCCGACACCACCAAAACAUCAGCUAUGCAGGUGUCGGCUAUCGCCGGUUAACACUUGAUCUGAUUGAAUCUAGGCCUAGAAAUGUAAUUUUGGAUAUAUACAUCCAUAUCAUGGAUGGUCAGUCCUUGCAUCUAUGGCUCUGUCUAUGAAUUUUGAAAGUGUUCACAUUUCUUCAGCCCCAUCCCAAUAGCAUUUUACCGAAACAGGGGCAGGGAAUGCGCUUUCUUAUUGUUUCAACUGCAGAUUGACGCUUUAA